AUGGCCCUGGUGGAUCUUAAAGCGGACGGGGAGGCCUCGGAGGUCGGGGCCGCCUUACAGGACGCCCAGCUCGCCGCGUUCGGCCACAUUAUGCGGCAUCUCGUCUUUGCCGGGGGUACCCGCGUCGCCGGGCAUGACCGACGCGUCAUCGCGCAUAUGGCCUCCGAGGCGUACGCCGCGUCCUAUCCAAAGUUGGAGCGGGGGUUGGAGCUCGCGGGGAUCCCGACGAACCUCGUGGAGGAGCUCCGGGCGGGGAUGAUCCUCGCCAACGGACUGGGCGCGAUGCGGCGGAAAAUCAAGGAGAAGUUUAUCACCUGGGCGACGGCGUCGUAG